ACCGGGUUAGUUGUUCAUUAAAGACAAGUGGCAUGUUUAUAUUGACGGUAAAAUGGAACGUGUUGCUUUUCCAAUGUCCAGAGUUUCACACACCUGUAACUUUACAGUUUAACGCGAACAACAGCAGUCGUAAUUAGCUUUACGACCCUGGCUAGCUAACAUUCUCAAACAAACACAGGAAACGCCUCAUUGUUGGCGUAAACAUAUGAGCUACCGAUAGCUGACGUUCUCCCAGGAUGGAACUGGAUAUCCGUCAGUAUCUCACUCAGGCAAAGGAGCGACAAGACUCUGGAGCUCUGCGGUCAGCGUACCAAUUAAUGGAGAGCGCAGCCGUGGCUCGAACCGGCGGACGAACUCCACGCAUCGCCCCGGAGUUGUACGUUGUUUGCGCGGAGGUAGCUUUGCAGCUGGGUUGUUUGGAGAUAAGCACAGUGUGUCUAAAGAUCUACUUUGAAGGGAAUCCGACGGCUAAUCAAUUUUUGUGUCGAGCGUACCUCUGCCAGGGCCAGCUGAAGUCUCCGCCGACCACUGGGAGCGUGGGAGACUUUGAAGAGGCUGUGCUGUGUUUUCUUAAAGCAAUUGAAAUUUCAAAGCAUGAACCAAGAUACUACUUCAUGACGUUCAAUGCCUCGGUGCUGUACUUCCAGACAGUGCGUCCUCUCCUGCAGCCAGGGCGAUGUCGCCACCUCGUCCCCUCCCUCAGGCAGGUGGUCGGAAGUCUGGAGGAGGUGGCAGACCGGGACCACAGCUGGAGGGCUGAGCUCAUGAUGCAUCUCAUCAAAUGUCUUGUCGACUCCCGUGAAAUGGAAGAGGCUGCACGUUUUGCCAAAGUUACAGAAGAAUUCAUAAAGUCACAUAUUCCACAUCUUUAUCCAAGACUCUUUACGUUACUGGUCCAACACAAGCUGACAGAGAGUGAUGUCCUCAUUGAAAUGAGUUGGCAGUGUGCUACCUUAGCAGUGAUUUACAGAAUACAGGAAUUUAAUAACAAGUUGGAAGAAAUAAAUGAGGUUGAACCAACAAAAGAGGAGCUUGAGCAGGUUUUUCGACUCCUGAUGGAUUGCACCAAAGCAUCUGCUAAGCCUGUGAACUUCAGUCCUCUUCAGAGCCCGACAGCCAUCCAACCAGCUGACAGAGUUCCCUUCCUCCUGGAGUUGGCUCUGCUGGCCUUGCAAGUGAAGUGUCACGAUGUAGCUGUCGACUGUUUGAAAGAGCUGAGGUCGGCGGGAAAAGCUACUGUCGGCCAGCGCAUAAUAAUGGCUUGUGUCAACGGUGAAAUCAACCUCCAGAAGAGAGAGGGGAAGAUGAACGACUACUCCAAAGCCAGUGUGGAGGCCCGGCUGAAGGAGAUAGGCCAGCUGGAUCAGUGUCUGCAGACCGCAGUUAGGGAGGGGGACCCUCAGGCCGCGCAGGCAGUGUGCGCUACGCAGUGGAGAUUCUGUCUGCCCCUGCUGCAGCACAACCUCAGGACACACAUCAGGACACCUCUGCUCAGGGUGGCCCAAGUACUGGAGGACAUUCAGAGUAUGUUGCUGGAGACGCGCUGUCAAGUCCACUCUGAGCUGGCAGUUAUUGAAGAGGAGGACGGGCGCCUUGAGGCUUCUUUGACUCACCUUCAGAAAGCCAUGCUGCUAGAUGACGGGACGCGACAAGAACGCCUGUCGUCGGCUCUCCGCCUCCUGCAGCUCAGAGGCACCCUCUACCAAACGCCCCCCCGGGCCGAGGAUAAAGCCGAUUUGCUUAUGCAGCAGGCCAGGGACAUGCCGCCCCAAGAAAGGACAGACAGUCGUCCCAUCCUGGUCGCCGUGGGUCUGCUUUUGGCCCCUGACGACUUCCAGAUGGUGCUGGAUGCUGACAACACCUCCAAAAGCAGUCUUGGAUCUGGACCAGGGGCUCGGCUCUCUGCAAAGGCGCAGCAUCACUCUACAUCUGUGCGGAAGCUGGAUGGACACCUGGCCAGACAAGGAAAGGACACAGACAUCACAGAGAGAGCGAAGCUAUGGGCAACGCUGGUGAAGACGGCCAGGAAACAGGAAGUUUGGGAUGUGUGCCGAGCUGCUUGUCGAUUCUGUUUGCUUUAUGACGAUGGGAGAUUGAAGAUUUCCGAGACCGACGAAUGUAGGUCCUUGGAGGAAGGAAGUGGUGCAGAAGGUCUUCACGCUUGCAGUCGAGGCCAAAUCUGCGCGAGGGACUUGCUGCGCCUUUUAGCCGAAAUCCGCUUCAUCAGUGCUGAGGCCACAGUCCAGAAGCUGCUCACGGAGGGGGUUCAGCUCAACGGCCCGGUUGUCCCCGCAGUGAAGAGUGAGUUGUGUGCGUCUGAAGAGGAUCCACACUGGGUUGUUUACAGAGACUGGGUUCAAGCUUUGUCUGCCUACGCCACCUCCAACUUAUUGCGUGCAGCGGAGCUCGGAGCCAGGAUCAAGGAGCCGUGGGUGGUAGCCAAUGCAGCCAUUUACCUGUGGAACUACAGCGGGCACUUGUUGGCUGCUGGGGAGUACCAGCGCCUGCUUCCCACCUUCCAAAGUCUUGUGGCGAUGCUCCAAACGACAGAGUUCACUGGGAACUGCACUCUGUUCCUGCUGCUUUGUGAUGCUGUGGCCCGGGGAUUGAUUCAGCCUCUGUGCGGACCAGACAGCGUCGAGCAAACCCCGCCAGGAGACAAGAGUCGAAACAGACACGAGAGGGGGGCGGAGAAUGCCGCCAGUAUCCGCGGGGUUUUCUUAGACCCUGUUGCCCUUCAGGAUGUCCGCAAGGCAUCAGAGCUGUGUGACUACGCCCUUCGCAUAUCCACCUGUAACACCCCAGGAGAGGCCGUCCCCAUCGCAGCAAGGAAACAGGCGGUGGCCACAUGGGUGCGGGUCAAGAGGCUCCUGCAGCAGGAGAUUGGCUCAAAGAUGGAGACUAAAGAUGAGUGCGAGAACGAGGAGGUGUCGGCGAUGACGCGCGUGCUGGUUGCAGUGGAGAUGCUCCAGUGCAACCGGAACCCCAGGCAUAAGGAGUUCUCUGUUCCCGGCCUCUCGUCGCUGGUGAGCAUGGCGUCUGAAUGCAGCUGGACUGACGCCGUGGUGGAGUUGCAGGUGUGGUGCCAGCUGGCUGCCUGCUGCCACCAUGCCAAGGACCACCGCUUGGUGUUGUGCUGCACCGAGAGCGCUCUGCAGCUGGAAGAAGCAGCAACAAAGAGCCUCAACGCCAUGCCCCGUGUUUUGUACGGCCCGACUGCGGUGAAUGAGAUGCUGAGCAGUGCCGGUUGUUUGCGAGGUUUGACUUUGGUCCGUGAGUCCAGUGGAGAUCUACACACUUACAGGGAGGCUAUGAAGCUGCUUCUGUCCAGUGUCAGUAAUGCAGAGAAGGCAGAGAGUCCAGCAUUGUGCGUUGCAGCUGCCAGGCAUUACUGGAACACAUGUCUACCCCUGACUCAGACUCCUGAGGAAAGAUGGCAGCUCCAAGAGCCCCUGGAGAAGAUCCUGUCUGCUCUGGUUAACACCAACAUAAAGCAUGCAAAUAAACAGGGCAAAGUGAAAGGCUUGCUGACCUUGACAGCACCGCGUCUUGGGAGCUCUAAACAUGAAGCCACAGAGGAGGAGGACCUUACCCUGAGAGCAGCCAUUUACAGUCUGUUGCACCACAUCCACGUUGAAAGAACAGAUUGGAAAAGUGCUCAGCAGCUGCUGGACCGAGCUAUCAGAGACAUGCCUCGCACCAGACACCGGCUACCUCUGCUGAAACACAGAAUACUGGUAAAAGCUCAACUGGGGAAAAGUGUACUGACGGACAUGCAGAAGUUCCAAGACGAAGAAGAUCAGUGCUGUUCAUUGAUGUGGCACCAGGUGGCACUGUGUGCCGGCAACAUAACCCAGCAGCUCACCUGCUACCAGAAGUCCAUCACCUCUCUGUUGAGUGAAGAGCCUCAGUGGCAGAAGGUCAGCCUUCUGCUCGAGUUUGGAGAGUGGUUGUACUGUCACAACUUCCCCAAAGCCGAUGCCCAACACCAGGUCCAGUGGGCCAUAGACAUCCUUCUGCACGUGGAAAGUGAACAGGCUGAGGGAUUAGAGGACAAGUCUAAAAAAAGGGAUUUGAGCUCAGUGGAAUGGGAGUCCCUGGUGGGAGUGCAGGGCUCCUUAUUGACAGAAAGUUUGUCGAAUCUGAAGGAGGUGCGACGUCUUGACAGCUUGGUACGAGCACACACUCUGCUAGCUGUCAUGGCCGACAAGACUUCACCUGAGCACCAGCUUAACCUGCUCAGAGCCUCUGUCUUUGUGCUUCGGAUUUGGCAGGUGUCCAUGGCCGUAGGUUGGGAGAUUUCCAAUGAGAUGGCAAAGAACCAGCUACCCCAGCCCCCGGCCUCUGCUGGAUCCAAAAAAGGCAAAGACAAGUGCAAAGGCAAAAAGGGGAAAGAUCCUACCCCUGUAGAAGAGAGACCUAAACCCGUUGUCUUGGAUCAGGAACUCCCUUCCACCCCACAGGACUGGGCUCGCUACGUCUGCCCUCAACAGGCCAGGCACAUCUUCAGAACCAACACUAACCCCCACUGUAUCAACACACACAGCAUUACGAAGCAGGCAGGUCUCUCAAAUCAAAGCCUGUUUUAUCUCGACCUUCUGGAAAAAGAGUUCUGCUCGCUCUCCCUCGACCACCUGACCUUGCCCAUAAUGCAUCUUGCCGAGACCAUUGCUCAUGACCUUAUGGAUAGGAGCAGCCUCUCCGACCUCUACCGACUUAGAAUUGUGAGGCGCUGCAGUCAGCUGGGUUUGGAGACCCAUUCACCGUAUCAGGAGAAGCUCCUGAGUCUAAGUAAAAUCCAAGAACAAGAACAGAUGGGGUGCCGCAAAGUGAUUGCUUUUUCACAAGAGGGAAGAGGCUUUCACAAAGAGGCCAAUCAGAGAGUUGAGGUGGAUGAAAUGGUUGGGUUUGGGCAACAGAGGAGGGAUGUGUCUGCUCAGGACAUCUGGCUGGACAAAGCUGAUGUUUGCCUCAGCCUUGGGCUUCAUCAACCAGCCAGGCAGCUCCUAGUAGAGGCCCACUUUGUGGCUGUGGAGCUCAGAGACCUGACAGCGAUGGCUAGAAGUUUGCUCAGUCUGGCCAUUCUGGCUUGUGAAGAGCAGAACUUUGCUCAGGCUUUGAUUCUGCUGGACAAAGCCCACGCUCUGGGAGGGGAUGAGGAGUUCUGGUACCAGUUCACUCUCACCAAUGUCAGAGCUGUAGUGGGCCAGAGAGACCAAGACGCACACACCAAGGCUGAACAGAUUAUAAAACAAGGCUGUGUGGCUCUGAAGCUGGUUCUGCAGACGCGUGUAAACCGAGCCCCAGAAAUUACAUUCUUCAUCACCUCAUUAGAGAUGAGGGGUGCCAUUGAAUGUAUACGUGCCCUUGGUGGCGAUGAACCUGGGAAGAGAUUUAGCAAAGAGGUUGUCCAGAGGCUGAUGGCCGCCUGUGAUACCCUCAGAGAGUGUGCCAGUGGUUUCACUAAACUCGGCUAUGAAGAACACGCAGCAGAGACACAUGCAGAGUACGCACAUGGGCUGAGAACCCUAGCCAGCCGUUCUACUCACUCAGAAGACAAACGGUGCUUCCUGCUUGACGGCCUCUCCCAAAUGCAGCUCGCCGUUACAGAGCAGGAACAUGUGGUACUGACUGCUCAGACGCUGCUCCCCUCACAGGAGGAGAGUCAUGGAGUGUCACUGGCAGCCGUGCGGAAGCUGCUGCGCCUGCGACUGGCCCUGGCAGAGUUUAGUCUGGCCGUGCUUGAGGAGCACUGUGUUGAGGAGAAACUCCACGCUCUGGCCCACGAGAGGAAAUCCUUGGCUGAGAUAGCACUGUGGGAGUUUACACGCUGCCAACCUGAGCCAGGCUCCAUCGAACAGAAAUGGGUGAGUGUGGGCAGGACCUUGGGGCAGGUGGUCCUGGGCCAACUGGCUGCGGUCAGUUCUCACUACCUGGACAACAUGGAGGCCAGAGCCUGCUGCCUGAGUCUGAUGGGAAAAUACCUCAGACUGCUCGCUGUGCAGGAGGACCCCAUGUAUCUGUGUGCUCUUUGGGACAGACAUAAACAGGCCGGGUCCGACUGCAAAGCCGUUUCCGUGGAGGACAAGAAUUCGGAGAAAGCCGAAAGCCGAGAGCCGAGGGUGACCUCUGCCAAAAGUGCUGAGCUGCAGCAGCGGAGGAGGCAUAGAGCCCAGCAGCUGUUGGCACAGGCCAGUCAGGCACUGGCUGAGGCCGUCAACCUGUGCCUCCAACACAAGCUGCCCUCUGUCAUUCUGGCCGAUGCCUCUCUCAACAUGUUGGAGUGUCAUGGCCAGUCCGACCCUGCAGCAUCGGGUCAAUACCUCGCCUUGUUUCAGAGCUGCUGCACUAUCGCUACAAUGGCCAAGGUCCUGAGCGCUGCCUGUGCUGGCACUGGCGCGUCCCAGCUCUCGGCUCUGCUCAGCCUGCACAGGAAGCUGCUCCUCUCUCAGGAAGAGAGGCCCAGCCGCAUGCUGAAGGGAGUGGAGGACUCCCUCAAUAGCCUCUCCAAGACCUUCAGUCAUCUUACCAUCCAUCCCAGCCACCUAAAUAUCCUCGCAGAGCUUCCACCUAACCUGAAAAUCCUGCUACUUCAGCACUCUGAAGAUGGGUCGGAACUUUAUGGGGCCUUCUAUGAGGUGACCAAAGCUCCAAAACAAAAGGGAAAGACUACGCAAGUAACAGGUACCCUGACGUGCACAAGGGUGGCCAAGGUUUCCGUCUGCCCACAGGCUCUGCUGGCACUGAGGGACCAGACUCAGGCCUUUGGCCUGGAGACUAGACUCUCCCUCAUCAAGCAAGCCUGCCGGCACAACGUUGAGGACCAUCCGGAGGACUCAGAGGAGCGUUGUGUUUUUCCCCGCAAAACCACCGCAGAAGAAAUGUUAGGACAUCACUUCAGAGACAUUGUACAAGACAUGGAAGACUAUUUAAAUCCACUUCUCACACAGUUUGACUUCUCGUGCUGCAGGCCCCAGGCUGCAUCACCACCAGUCCCUGAAAUGACCAAAGCCAAAGAUAAAGAAGAGAAAGGGAGCUCAGCUAAAUUACCAACAGAGCCAGGGGAGUGUGUGGUAUUGCUGGCAGACAGAAAGUUGCUGGAGUUGCCGCUGGAAGCCCUGUCCGUCCUGCAGGACGAAGGCCUGAGUUCUAUGUCUCGAGACUUCUCUCUCCAGCUCCUCCACAGUCGGCUGAACAGAGAAGAACCAGACAAAGUUGAAAGUGACAACAAAAAGGAGACCAAAGGUGGCAAGGGAACUAAGGGGAAGGGAGAUCAAAGCCAUACCAUCAAAGUGGUACCUGUAAACCGUGUGUUGCCUUCAAACACCUUUCCAGUGCACACGCGUCACAUGAAAUAUAUUGUUGACCCUCACAAUGAAGGCAGGUCUGGCACAGAAGGGACCAGUCUGAGCACGAGGAUGAAGGAGAUUUUGGAAACCCACAGCCAGCACUGUACCCGUCUGUGGGAGGGCUUCAUAGGAAGCAGAGAAACGCCCAGUCUGUCGGAGCUGGAGCAGCUGCUGUGCAGAUGCAGUGCCUUCAUUUACCUGGGGAUGGAGCGCUUCAUGGCAAACAUCCCACCUACCAAACUGGCAGCCUUCAAUCUGUCUGAGUGUCGCCUGGCUCUGCUCUUUGACCUCACUCAGAACAGUGCAAGUAUUCUCCGCCAGUCAAACCGUGACAUGUUCAAGAGGGCAGCACAGUUGGACCUGGAGGAACCACUGGAGACCGCUCUGCUACUGAGUCUGGGCGGUGUUGGCUGUAUUGUCCUCAACCAGUGGCACAGCAGUCUUCAACAGAACACACACAAUAUGGUCAAGGUGCUCGACAAUCUACUGAGGGUCAGGCAGAUCUCUGGCCAGACUGUGCACGCCCUGAGGAGAGGGGACGGUAAGGUCACAGGAUUGUAUCAAGUGCUCCGCGAUGACUCGAAGGAGGAUGACCCACGCCACAAAACAACUUUCGCACCAGUGGCCUUCAACUGCGUCGUCUAUGGCCUCCCAAACUUAAUUGUCAUGUAACGCGCUCUAAAUCCUCGCUUCUAUUCACGCUAAUGCUACUGUAAC